AACAAUUUUAAACAUUAAAGUUUUAAUUAAAAAUUUUCUGAUUAAAUUCAUUUCGUUUCUUUCUUACUUUUUCAUUUUGGAUAUGAAUAAUGUGAUUAGUCUAAUAUGUUUUACUCUGACUAUACGUUACAUUUCUUCCCUAAUUGUGAUUAUUAUUAAUAAAGAUACCAUAUAAAAUGUUCACUAAGAUUGAUUUUUCAAAAUACUAAGGCAUAAUUGUUAUGAUUAAAUAAGUUUUCGAGAAGAUCCCGUAGAUGGCGUUUAAUGCGUUGAUAUUAAGCUUUUCAAUCUUUGUUUCACAACGCCAUGUUGAGUUCACAUUCAUUUCGUGUGUUGUUCCGCUGACGAAUUCCUUCUUAGAUUAAGCUCAGUUUGUUCUAGACGAAAUAUAUUGUUGAGUAUUCACAAAUUUUAGCUCUAUAUGAUCACUUUCAUAGAGGUAGUCUACGAUGAGAACUAUUCUAGAAGUUAUAUCGUUGACCCUGUUCAUAAUUGCUGCAGCUGAAGAAGGAGCACCCAAACUUCAAGCUGUUACAUUUCCCGAAUUUGUAUCAGUAGGAGAACGAGUUAGAGCCACUUGUGGUAUCAAAUCAGGCAUUCCUCCUUUGAAAUUUAAAUGGAUUAAAGAUGGUCGGGGUAUAAAGGAUAUACCAAAUGUUUCUGUAGAUUUUAAUGAAGAUUAUACAGUUUUAACCAUAACAUCAGUUACUCAUGAUAAUAUGGGAAAUUAUACUUGUAUAGUGGAAAAUUCAUUAGGUAGAGACAGUUAUAUUGCUAAUCUUAUCGUUAAAGCACCACCAGAGUGGAUAACGCAACCAAAAGACAUUCAUACACCAGAGGGAAAAUGCAUUGAAUUAAUAUGUUUAGCAAAAGGAUUGCCAAAGCCUGAAGUUGCAUGGAAGAAAUCGACUGGCCAGAGUAAAGAGUUUACAUCCAUGAAUGACAAUAAACGAGCGCAAAUUUACCAAAAUGGUUCUUUAAUUAUGUGUGGAAUUAGUAAAGACGAUGCCGGGCAUUACCAAUGUCAAGUUAAUAAUAAUGUAGGCACAGCUCUAUUAAAAACUGUUGAGGUAACAGUUAAUGGUAAGCUGUAGAUAACAUUAAAGUGUAUACUCUUGAU